GUUCCAUUCGAAUUUUGCUACGAACGAAAAGCAACACACUUCGGAUUUCGUUCGUUUUCUGAGAAAAACGAAAAAAAUGGGCGAUUGGGAGUUGCAUCUGAGAAUCCUUUCAAGCAGUGCCAGAGACUCCAAUGUCGCGAACGAUCCCGCUUCCGACUCCUCUCUUCUCCAAUCCGUGAAGAAGCUGUAUGAAUUGUGUAAAGCUGAGAAUUCAGAGGAUUUGGUGGCGAGAGUUUACACGCAGAUUAACAAGCUCUUUCAGCGCUCGGUGGCUUCGCUGUCUCAAUCUCGAACCUCCAUUGGCCUUCUACUGCUGGCCAUUCUUCAAUUUUACCUUGACUUUGGGGAGAUGGUUCUACAUGAUGCUGACCCCAGUCUCAGGACAUUUUUCCGUUCAUGUUUGAGCCGUGAGUUUGCAGAUCCUGUUGUCGCAGAAUCAACCCUUGAAUUUCUGAACGUCAACAAGAAAAAGCUUUUAACUUCUUUCCCUACCUUACUGCCUCAAUUCUUUCCCUUGAUGUUAAAGUUGAUUGCAUGGAAUGGGGAAAAGUUAGAAAAGUCAUAUAUGAAAGUUUUUCCAGGGUUGAUUUCGCCUGGGUCAUUUCUUCCAUUAUUUCCAGCUUUGGUAGACUUGCCAAUUUUGGUAGUGGCAUUGGAGAAGGUUGAAAAGAGCUCGGGAUCGUUAGUUGGAAACAGCAUUGCAUCAAUGCAGAAGAGUUCGGCUCCCGAGAUGCUGCUCGCUCUUAUGGAUGAAGCAUAUACUGGUUCAACAAUAGGAGAUGGAGGGGGAGACUCAGAAUCAGAGGACAGCAGUUCAAUUGAUGUUGCUGAUCCUCUGUUCCUUGACCUUCUAAAGGAUGAAAAUGAUGGCAUUGCUGAACGCCAUUGGACCUCUCCUGCGAUGGCUGCAACUUUACAGGCUGUAAUUAAUACUCCCCAAUCUAAUAGGCUGAAAAAUAUACUACGCAUGACACCAUGGUUUCUUGAUGUGUAUUUUGCUAUAGCACUGCGUGAUGUCAAUAAUUCUUUGGUCUGUGCAUUGAUACCUCUACUCAUGUCCAGAAAUGCCACAAUAUUUCCUGACAGAAGUUUUUCUUAUGAGGUUCGUAAGAGGCUAUUAGAAUUCAUGCUUGCUGCAUUUCAGCGCUCUCCAGAUUUUAUUGCACUUUUGAAGAAGCCUAUAAUGGACAGGCUAGGGGAAGCUUAUGACAGCCCAGAAAAGACAGAGUUGGCAUUACAAUUGUGCUGGGCCAUUGGAGAGCAUGGUGGGGGUGGACGAUCUCACAAAGAUGAAGCUCGCGAGCUUUUUGAGAGUUUAGAGCUACUCUUGUAUGAAAACCUUUCAUCUAGUCGUCUAGGCCUGGGACAGGAAUCAACCUUUAGCUCUGAUAAUCAAACUUACCGAAAGUCAUCACAAUCAAGGCUUCUAUGCUUUGUUGUUACAGCCAUUGCAAAGUUGGCCACCAUCCACCGUGAAUUGCUGCCUAGGGCACAUUUUUCCUUGGGCAAGGUAGCUCGCUCUCGAAUAUCAGAUGAGAGGGUCUGGAGACGGGCUCGUGAUUAUUUGGGCUUAAUGACAGAACCUGCAAUUUCCUUGUCUGUCUUGGGGCCUUCCCGGCCUUCAAAUGGACAAAUGCAGAACCGCGGUACUGUCAAGUGGAGUGAUGGUGCAUCAAAGAUGAUUGCACAUGUUCCAUUUUAUAUUCUUGGUGAACAAGAAGGUCCACCCUUCCAUGAUUUUUUGUUCUCGGAUAUUCUUCCAAGAAGAUGAUGAAUGGCGGCGGAUCUUUUUCAGGGUGUAUGUACUUUGUAAUUUCUGUAAGAAAUCUUAAUUUACAGAUUGUAUUCGUUCUUUGUUCUCAAGAUAGUAGUUCUAGUUUGUACAUUGCCUUUAUACAAUAUGGUUCUAUGAAUGUGUAAACUGUGUUAGCCACUCUGCUUAUAGCUAAUUGGUUAUAUUAUUUUUUUGAAAAUAGUUAAAAAAACCGUUUCUUAUUU